AUGGCGUUCGCAGGAACAACACAGAAAUGCAUGGCCUGUGACAAAACUGUUUACCUAGUCGACAAGUUAGCCGCUGAUAACCGGAUUUACCACAAAGCUUGUUUCCGUUGUCACCAUUGCAAAGGAACUCUCAAGCUUAGCAAUUACAACUCCUUUGAAGGAGUUCUCUAUUGCAGACCACAUUUCGAUCAAAACUUCAAGAGAACUGGAAGUCUUGAGAAAAGCUUCGAAGGGACACCAAAGAUUGGGAAACCAGACAGACCUUUGGAGGGAGAGAGACCUGCUGGGACCAAAGUGUCGAACAUGUUUGGUGGAACACGAGAAAAAUGCGUUGGCUGUGACAAAACUGUCUAUCCUAUUGAGAAGGUGUCGGUGAAUGGAACAUUGUAUCACAGGAGCUGUUUCAAGUGUACACAUGGAGGCUGCACGAUAAGUCCUUCGAACUACAUAGCUCACGAGGGGAAGCUUUAUUGUAAGCAUCAUCAUAUUCAGCUUAUCAAGGAGAAAGGAAAUUUGAGCCAGCUUGAAGGAGGAGACAAUGCCGGUAAGGACAAAGUCGUCGCUGCUUAAAUCUCUCUGGAUGAUUUUGACCAUGGAAGAAUCACUAUAGUGUCUCUCUACUUAUAUUGGUUUUUGUUUCUUUUUAAGUUUGUGUUGUCUCUGAUGUUGUUUCUUUUGGGAACUUUGUUUUCUCCGAGGGUGAUAUGUUCACUCUUUGUUGGGUUUCUUGAGAUGAAACAAAACAAAUAGACAAAUAAUGAAUAUUUUCUUAUCAUAUACUAUUUGAAGUUGAUAAACGACUAUAAUUUAAU